AUGGCCAAGAUCCAGCCCCUCCUCGCAGCCCCAUCGCCGCCGUCCUCCGGUGAUCACCGCCAGGGCCAGCGGGGCAGGCAGGCGUACACAGUGUGGAUGAAGUCGCUGGUCUUCAACGGCAACGGCUGCGCGGUGUACGGCCCCGACGGCGCCGUCGCCUUCCGAGUCGACAACUACGGCUGCAGGGGCGGCCGCGAGGUCCUCUUCAUGGACCGCGCCGGCAACGCCCUCAUCAGGAUCAGGCGCAAGGGCUUCGGCAUGUUCAGGAGGUGGGAGGUCUCCCGGUGCGCCCACAACGGCCACGAGGACGAGGAAGCGACGCCGUGGUUCAGCGUGCGACGGGCCGAGAAGGGCGGAGCCGCCGUGACGAUGCACGGCGGCGCGAGGACGUGCUACAGGAUCGCCGGGUGCUCCGGCGCGCGCAAGCCCGAGUACACAGUCCGCGGCGUCGAUGGCGCGGCCGUGGCAGAGGUGGCGCGGAAGCAGACGGCGGCGGGGGUGGUGCUAGGGGAGGACGUGCUGACGCUGACGGUGGCGCCGGAGGUGGAUCAGCUGCUCGUCCUGGGCUUGGUCGUAGUGCGUGGCCUCAUCAACCGCUCCUUGUGA